UUUCAUUUUUGAUGUUCAACUUCAAUCAUAUUGUAACGGAAAUAGUUGCAGUAAAUUAUAUUCGUAUGUAUUUCUUCAACUUCAAAGGACGAGUAGGCCUAUGUAAUUGUGAUUUUUUAAAAUGGUAUAAUCGUAUAGGGUAAUAUAGGCCUGUUUGGGUGAAAUAGGUGGAUGUUAGUAUUUUAAAAUGAAGAAUAUGACCAAUGAAAAAGGACAUAUGGGUUUUGUGAAUUGCCGAAAAAGAGUUCUUCUGAUCAGUUUUAUUUUAACAUGUGUCACAGGAGAUGUGACGGUUGAGCAACAACAAAUUAAGGCAAGCGAAGGAUCUUCCGCCACCCUCAAAUGUUUUGUUUGCUCUGAUCAUGAACCAAGUUUAAGUUGGUUCUAUAACAACAAUAAGAUAAAUACUAAACAAGUAGUAGUCGAAGAAGGUAAAGUUGUACAUAAAUACAUACUUUCAAACACAACAAACCAAAAUUCAAAACCUACCAGAUCAUACAACCUACAAAUAAGAAACGUGUUGUCAACGGAUGACGGUGUGUACACUUGCCUUGUUAUUGUUGCCGGAAACACGAUCAAAGGUAAUAUCACAUUGGCAGUAAAGUAUUUGAAUGAAAAACCUUUUGUCAAUUGCCAGCUGUUGUUGUCUACACCCAGUAGGCCUAGCUUAACUGAACACGGAAACAAUCAUGAGAUAGGAAAGACCAGAGACCAGACUCAAACACUUAUAUCUGUAAAAGCUAACAUCGGUAAAAAUAUUCUCGUCAACAUCACAAUCAUGAAAUCUGCUCACCACAAACAUGAAAUUGAUGUCCAUUUUGCUACUGAAGAGCAAUCCAAUGCUGUAGAUGGAUUAGAUGUCAGUUAUCUAGUGAACGUCACUGGUUUAGACGGUUGGAAAUUCUGGUGCGUGGCACAUCAAUCCAUGAUGUUACGACCGGUCAAUUCUUCCACACCUCUGUUGAUGAAACCUCGAGUAAAUAUCACCAAAUUAAAGAAAGACAGCGUGCAGUACAAAUGUGAUGUAGAAUCAUAUCCCGAAGUCACCUUUUUUCGAUGGAUUGUCUGUGGGAAUGAAAUAGAAAGUGUCCAGAGUAAAUGUAAGGAAUUGAACAGCACACGUAGUAACGUGACGUUGAUGGAUAUUGGUUCCGAGAAUGAUGUGUUAAUACUGAUAUGUGAGGCUCAAAAUGCUGUUGGUUCAGGACAUGGUAACCUGACAAUUACUAAGCAUACUGAACACACCGACAUGCCGAUCACCAGACAGAUCGAACCUACAGACAUCACACGUCAUAACACACCUACAAAAAACAAAACGAGAAGAGGCUUGGUAAUUUGGUGCAUUGGCGGUGGCUUUGUCUUCUUAUUUAGUUUAGCUAUACCUAUAGUUUGUCUUUAUUUUCGUAAACAAUCAAGAUUUAUAAAUAAGAACGUUGAAAUAAGUGAUACAGACAAGAAGGUUGAGGCGAUGCGCACGUUUUUAUAAUCUUUAAUGAACUUGAGCAUAUUGACUGAUGCUUUUGUUAACUGUAAUCAAAUCUAUAUUUCAUAUAGACUAACUGAGUCAACAAUAAAGUGACAUAUAUUUAUAUAUAUAUAUAUAUAUGUAUAUAUAUAUAUAUAUAUAUAUAUUGGUAGAGAGAUUGAUUGAUUAUCGAUUAUUAUAUACCGAUUUUCAAUGCUUACAAUCGGAUUUGCAUUCUGCACGAAUUUCGUACAUUACUUAGGUAGCCUUGAAUAUGUAAAUCAUUUAACUUGUAAGGACACAAUAUUGUUAUAGUAGUUGAUGUGCUUAAUUAGGUCUAAAUAAACAAAAUUACAAUGUUAGAGCGCGCUUAACAGAUAUUACGGUACCGCAUUCAAUCGGGUUUGAAUUCCCAACAAAGCCUCAAUGACUUUAAGGCUUCUGCAUAUACAGCAUGGUCCCGGGUUCGAAUCCCGGUUGGGAGAAACUAUUUUAGGGGUAUAUAGCGACAUGCUAUAAUAUAUGGUUAAGUGCUGUAUUUUAAGCUAGCUUUAGUGGAUUUUUAUCUAUAGUCUAAUUGCAUUGCUAUUCACGAUCGUGGUUUCGUUUGAAUUAGAUACAUACCAUACUCAGAACAAUCUAAGACGCAGCACUUUUUUCCUAUGUUUCCAUGGCAACUGGUAUAUUAGUGGGUUCUGCGGUAAGAAGUAACUUCCUUAUUUCAUUGUUGCUGAUAUAUUUUGUUCGUAGCUGUUCAAGCACCUGGCUGGAAAUUAUUACUACUGUGUUCUGUGUUUUUAUUCUAUAGCCAG